AUGAAAUAUCCGUAUCCGGACUAUUUGGAUGGAGCAUCGAAGAAAGCGUUGGAAUCGUUUGACAUGAUCAGAAUGAACAAAACUGCCACAAAAGCGCAAAAGCAAAUGAUGCUCGACGAAUGGGCCAAAAUGCAAGGCAACGACACUGUUUUGGCAGGCUACAUGGAGAGCAAAGAUGAAAUGAUGAAAAUGGGCCAGGAAACAAUGACAAAAAUUGAAAAUUCAAAACUAAGUGAUGAGGCGAAAAUGGCGGCAGUCAGGAUAGCCAAAUUGGAGAUGCAACAGGAUCUCACCGAUGAGGAGAUGUCGGCUAAAUAUUUGCGAAUUUUGCAAAGCUUAAAACCGGAAGUGCGCAAAGAACUCCGUAUGUUCAUGGACAUGCAGCAGAUGGAUAUGGUGCACAAGAUGAUGGCGGCGAUGGAUAGUACAAAUCGGAUGAACAUGAUGAUGAUGAUGACGACGAUGACCACCAUGUCCUAA